GAGGCUGCGAGAGCUUGGCAGCUCGCCAUCACCGCCGCCGCGACGCCAUGGCCUCCUUCGGAAAGUUCCGCUUCCUCACGCUCAUCAAGCCGGUGCUUCACAUCCUGCCCGAGGUUGCGCCGCCGGACCGCAAGAUCCCCUUCAAGGAGAAGAUCCUGUGGACGGCCAUCACCCUCUUCAUCUUCCUCGUCUGCUGCCAGAUUCCGAUUUACGGCGCAAAGACAAACAAGUCGACUGAUCCGUUUUACUGGAUGCGAGUGCUGCUUGCGUCGAACCGCGGGACGCUGAUGGAGCUCGGCAUCUCCCCCAUCAUCACCUCCUCGCUGGUGAUGCAGCUGCUGGCGGGCUCAAAGAUCAUCGACGUGGACCAGGGCCUCAAGGAGGACCGCGCGCUCUUCAACGGCGCGCAGAAGCUGUUUGGCAUCCUGAUGACCAUCGGCGAGGCCGUCGCCUACGUCAUCUCCGGCAUGUACGGCGACGUGCGCGAGCUGGGCGCGGGUAACUCGAUCCUGAUCAUCAUGCAGCUCUUCAUCGCGGGCAUCAUCGUCAUCAUCCUCGACGAGCUGCUGCAGAAGGGCUACGGCCUCGGGUCGGGCAUCUCCCUCUUCAUCGCCACCAACAUCUGCGAGACCAUCGUCUGGAAGGCUUUCUCGCCGACAACCAUCAACACGGGCCGCGGCACCGAGUUCGAGGGGGCCCUCGUCGCCCUCUUCCACCUCGUCCUCUCCCGCAAGGACAAGUUCAAGGCGCUCAAGGAGGCCUUCUACCGCCAGAACCUGCCCAACGUGACCAACAUCAUGGCCACCGUCCUCGUCUUCCUCGUCGUCAUCUACUUUCAGGGUUUCCGCGUCGAUUUGCCCGUCAAGUACCGCUCGCAGCGCGGCAUGCAGGCGACGUACCCGAUCAAGCUCUUCUACACGUCCAACAUGCCGAUCAUCCUCCAGACGGCCCUCGUCUCGAACCUGUACUUUGUGUCGCAGCUUCUGUACAAGCGCUACCCACACAACUUCCUCGUCGGCCUGUUUGGCAAGUGGAAGGACGAGGAGGCGGCGGGGCCGAUGCAGCAGGCGCCGACGGCGGGGCUCGUCUACUACAUCUCUCCGCCUACCUCGCUGGCGGAGGUGCUCGACGACCCGCUGCGCGCCGUCUGCUACUUCGCCUUCGUGCUGGUCGCGUGCGCGCUCUUCUCCAAGACGUGGAUCGAGGUGUCGGGCUCGUCUGCCAAGGACGUCGCCAAGCAGCUGCGCGACCAGCAGAUGGUGAUGAAGGGCCACCGCGACUCGUCCCUCGCGAAGGAGCUCAACCGGUACAUCCCGACCGCCGCCGCGUUCGGCGGCAUGUGCAUCGGCGCGCUGACGGUCGCCGCCGACUUUAUGGGCGCCAUCGGGUCGGGGACGGGCAUCUUGCUCGCCGUCACCACAAUCUACCAGUACUUUGAGAUGUUUGUCAAGGAGAAUGGCCAGGACUCGGCCCUCUCCGUCUUCUUCUGAGCUCGUCUUUCGAGCUCCUUCUUCUGGGGCAGCAGCAUGGGGGGAGGGGCGAUCCCAACCCUCUCAGACCAGCCCUCUAUCGCCGCUGGGCGGCGGCGCCCGCACCGCCGCCGCCGCCUCUCUCCCCGCGCAGACCUCUGGUGCCC